AUGUUUGAUAUUACCCUCCUAAAUAUAAUUAUGGAGGGAAGGAGUGUGGGAGGACAUUUAGAGAUGGGGAUGGUAUGUGUCCGUAAUCGCUGCAGCGGUAGCGGGAAUGUCCCGUCGUUUAUCGUGCUCGUCCAAGGAGUGUGUUUUCAUGAACGUCGUUUGUGGCGUUGGGGAUGCGAACAACAUUGUAUUGCGAGCAGUGCUAAUGCAAACGAACUACAAACAAACAAUACCACAGUUCUUGAUUGUGUGGGUUCUGAUACGUGUGUUGUUGUUUAUGUGUUGCGCUCAUUUGUGUGUGUGCCAAAAUAG